AAAGAACAGAAAGGCAUUAAAUAAAAGGGAUUCCUAAUAGAAGGGGAAUAUAAUAAACCGAUCGAGAAGUAGUUAUGCUCUUAUCUGAUGUCGUUAUUUUUGGGACAUUGCCUGAAGAUUUGCUCCAAAAAUCAUCUCGUGGGGGCGUUUCUUGCGCGUUUCAGGGUAUUUCUACAAAUCGAGAUGAUACAGACAAAAAAAAUCAUGCCAUAGAGGGGAAGUCCAUAGUACUCGCACCAGACGCGUGUCUGUGCUUUACGCAUACCGGGGAAGGAAAGCAGUGGCGUGCACGGCUGAAACCGUUUCAAGAACAAUAUUUGGGGAAUGUUGAAGUAGUGUCAGCUACAACAUCAUCUGAUCUUUCUUUAAAGCCCUGUUUAAACUUCACACCGGAGUGCCUGAAGUGUGCGUUGGUGCUUCUGGAGGAUUCGUGGAUAUGUACCGAGCUGUCUUGCUCCAAGGCUUCAGUCGUAGCUCAGAGUGAAUGGACGGAAAAUGAGCAAUACCAAAUCCAAAAGCCACAGGUUUUGUCGGAUUUUAAAUCAUUACAACAGGAGAAUUUACCCUCAUCUAAGGCUACGAAUGCAAGUAUUUCAAAUACCUUGACAGCGGUUAGGGGUUGUGGAAUCAUAUUACCUCAAGCAUCACUAGAGAGUCUAUUAACAUCAAGUCAGCAUCGUGCGCUGGUCCUGUCUGUAGCACACUACUUGGCCCCUUCUCCACGUUCCAUGAAGGAAAUCUUGAACUACAUCCUCUCACCUAGAUCAACGUUGACGGAUAGUUCUAAAAAGCUUAGUGCACAUAACAGUGAUACAAUUCCUAUCAAAUUCUUUUCCUUGCUUACUUCAGAUGGGAGGCCUGCUUACCAUCCGGAGGAUGUGCAAAAGGUUGUUGAGUUACUAGCAUCUAAAGGUACUUCUGGUGUACAGUUGGAGCUCAAGACGGAGGGCUAUGCUCUUAUCGAUCUAAAUAAAUAUGAUAGCAAGCUUACAAAGCAGCGGGUGGCAAAUCGAGCCUUUCCUAAGCUUUCGGCAAAUUCUCAGAGUGCCAUGCAAUACGCAUCUCUGUUGCGUGAGAUGCAACUCUAUGUAGAUCGAGACUUGUUCGCCCGCGGCCGUGGAAUCAUGAGUGGGUUGGGAACAGCUAGCACGAAUAAAAGAGAUCGCUCAAGCAACAUGGAGACCGGCUACGAUGAGGAUGGGCAUGAACCGAGCGAAGUGAAUAAGCACACCAGAGAGGAGGAGCACGCCGAAUCAAAGGUACUAGCACAAUACACAGAUCUUUCUCAGUGCGGUAUUGAGUGGGAAAGUGGUGAUCUUGCGUUGCUAUUCGCCAACUCUGAUUUACACCUUCAGGAGAGCAUGGAUCUCCUUAAAAGUCGUCAGGCGGCGCGGCUAGCACUUCUCGAGGAAUCUUUCAGACAGUGCCAACUCCCCCCGAUGAUGAUUACCUCUGACGAACAACUAGAGGAGGCGCUGCGGGACUACCAGAGGCUCUAUAACCUUUAUCAGAUUCUGAUGAAAGGCAUGGAGUCACAUGGCCACGUGAGCCACAGGGCAAGGGCUUGGUAUGACCGCAUCGAACCAGAGCGGAGGUCCGCGAGUUUGAUGCAGCAACUAAAGGAGUGGUGGACGCGGCAGCAGCAACUACGUGAAGAAUGGCUCCCCGUAUAUGAGACACUGCAACAAGAGACAUUUAAUCUGGAAAAAGAAAUUAUGAAAUACUUAGACCUGCGUAGCCUUGGGAUCAUCUAA